AUGUCUGGUCGCGGAAAGGGCGGAAAAGGUUUGGGCAAAGGGGGUGCUAAGCGGCAUCGUAAGGUCCUGAGAGACAACAUCCAGGGUAUCACCAAACCUGCUAUCCGCCGCUUAGCUCGACGGGGCGGUGUCAAGCGUAUUUCUGGCCUCAUCUAUGAGGAGACUCGUGGAGUACUGAAAGUUUUUCUGGAGAAUGUUAUCCGCGAUGCCGUCACUUACACCGAGCACGCCAAGCGUAAGACGGUAACGGCUAUGGACGUGGUCUACGCGCUUAAGCGACAGGGGCGCACUCUUUAUGGUUUUGGCGUGACAGAAAACAUUUACUUAGAGCUGGUGUACUUGGUUACGGCCUUUGUGCCCUCGGACACCGCGUGCUUGGCCAGCUCCCCCGGCAGCAGCAAGCGCACCGCCGUCUGGAUCUCCCUGGAGGUGAUGGUCGAGCGCUUGUUGGCUGGUCUGCAGUUCCCUGUGGGCCGUGUGCACCGUCUUUUGCGCAAGGGCAACUAUUCUGAGCGAGUGGGCGCCGGCGCGCCGGUGUACCUGGCAGCGGUGCUGGAAUACUUGACCGCCGAGAUCUUGGAACUGGCAGGAAACGCAGCUCGGGACAACAAAAAGACUCGCAUUAUCCCGCGCCAUCUACAGCUAGCCAUCCGCAAUGACGAGGAGCUGAACAAGCUUCUGGGUCGUGUUACCAUUGCUCAGGGCGGUGUCCUGCCCAAUAUCCAGGCUGUGCUGCUGCCCAAGAAGACUGAGAGCCACCACAAGGCUAAGGGCAAACCUGCACGAGAUCCGCCGCCACUCAGAGCCACUGAUGGCAAACUGCCCUUUCAGCGCCUGGUGCAGGACUUAAAGACCGCCUUGCACUUCCAGAGUUCGGCGGUGAUGGCGCUGCAGGAGACAUGGGAUGUCUAUCUGAUUCUCUUUGAGGACACCAACCCGUGGGCCAUCCACGCCAAGCAAAAAUUCUGUGAGCGGGAGUGGCCGACUUUUGGGGUGGGAUGGCCACCAGAAGGCAGUUAUCAGCGACCCUUGGCUGCCCGGGUGCAGACGAUAGUCUAUGGGAACCCAGGCCACCCAGAUCAAAUUCCUUAUAUUCAGAUUUGGAGUGACAUACUGGCAGAUGAUCCCAGACCUGCACGAGAUCCGCCGCCACUCAGAGCCACUGAUGGCAAACUGCCCUUUCAGCGCCUGGUGCAGGACUUAAAGACCGCCUUGCACUUCCAGAGUUCGGCGGUGAUGGCGCUGCAGGAGACAUGGGAUGUCUAUCUGAUUCUCUUUGAGGACACCAACCCGUGGGCCAUCCACGCCAAGCAAAUCAUGGCACGUACUAAGCAAACUGCUCGCAAAUCCACAGGGGGAAAGGCGCCACGCAAGCAGCUCGCCACUAAGGCGGCUCGUAAGAGCGCUCCGGCCACUGGCGGCGUAAAGAAACCCCACCGUUAUCGCCCUGGCACCGUGGCCCUGCGCGAGAUCCGGCGCUACCAGAAAUCAACUGAACUGCUGAUCCGCAAGCUGCCUUUCCAGCGUCUGGUGCGGGAGAUCGCGCAGGACUUCAAGACCGACCUGCGCUUUCAGAGCUCGGCGGUGAUGGCCUUGCAGGAGGCCUGCGAGGCCUACCUUGUAGGACUUUUCGAGGAUACCAACCUUUGCCACUUUCUGCUGAGCAUGUCUGGCCGAGGGAAAGGGGGAAAGGGCCUGGGCAAGGGGGGUGCUAAGCGCCACCGUAAGGUCUUGCGUGACAAUAUCCAGGGUAUCACCAAACCUGCAAUUCGUCGUUUAGCUCGCCGUGGUGGUGUUAAGCGCAUUUCCGGCCUCAUCUAUGAAGAGACUCGGGGUGUGCUCAAAGUGUUUCUGGAGAACGUGAUUCGGGAUGCUGUUACCUACACGGAACACGCUAAACGCAAGACGGUGACGGCUAUGGACGUUGUCUACGCACUCAAGCGCCAGGGACGCACUCUUUACGGCUUUGGUGGCUAA